CCAGCCCCCUCCCCUGUGCCCGGCCCUCGGCACCUGUCUGCUCUCGGGAUGUGCCCGGGCUACUGAGGAUUACUAUGGGCUGUAUCGGGAGCCGGAGCAGCAGGACCGUUACAUGUUGAAGACACUGGUGAAAUGUUACCCAAGUCCCGACGUGCACUCACUAUUCAUGAAAUUACGGCCCUUGCUCGCUCCUCUCUGCAUGGAAUGUCGCAGGUGGUGAAGGAUCAUGUGACCAAGCCUACAGCCAUGGCUCAGGGACAUGUGGCUCAUCUGAUCGAGUGGAAGGGCUGGAGCAAACCCAGCGACUCUCCGGCUGCACUGGAGACUCACUUCAAUUCAUACUCACACUUAAGUGAGGGAGAACAGGAGGCCAGGUUUGCUGCAGGCGUAGCUGAGCAGUUUGCUACAGCAGAAGCUAAACUCCGUGCCUGGUCAUCAAUUGAUGGAGAAGAUUCCACAGAUGAUUCAUAUGAUGAGGAUCUGCAGCCCUCUAUGGACCAUUCUCAACCUGCAGAUUUUCUAAGUCCUGUGCAGAAGGAUCUGGUGUCAUCCCGUGUAUGCUGCUGUGACAGUGACUCCUCACGUACCCUGUCUCCUGAAACCCUGUGCUCCAGCAAUGGGGACUUGUCCCGGGGGAAGGCACUGAAACACACCUGCAAUGGCCGCACUGCGGGCAGAGGGAACUUUUACAACUUCUCGGAUAAACUUCGCCUGAGAUCCUUCGCUGGCUGA